ACUUUUGGUCUGUACUGUAUAUAAAAUCUAAAUGGAGGCGACUACCGACCCCAGCUUGAGUCAUGUCCUAGACAGAACAAGGUUAUGUCUCUGGUUCCUUUUAGGACUUCACGUGCGCUGAGACGGGAUUUCUGGCGUGCUCCGGUGUCACUGGAGUCUGUCUGGCCAGACUCAGAGCUUUGUGCACAGCACCAUCUCUGGGCGACGGAAGAAGAAGUCCUUAGUGGCCCCAGCUGCGCGGCCGGCUUUGUGUCAGACACCAAAUGUAAGCUUAAACCCGUCGCGGCAGACAUGAAGACAGAGAGAAGAUGCGCCCCAACGCUGGCAGCGAGCGGGCAGGUGAUAGAUCUGCUCCAAAAAGACGAGCAAGACAUCCUGAAAACGCAGGACGAAACCAGAUAUGUUGAUUUGGAGUACGAGGACGAGAGGGUCUGUCGUUUUGGUCAGAGGAACCAAGUGUCUGUCAUUGUUAAAAAUAGUGGAUUUGAAGCUGUUUGCGCGUCGGAGCUGAACUCUGACCUGAAGGAGAUGCACACCAAGGAGGGAGAAAGCACCAGAGGUGAGAAAUGCAUGAAAGAUUUAAGAAAUAUCCCCUCUCCGUCAUCCUCACCUCACCUGAAAAAAAAUGAGACUACCCUACAAAUAGGAGAAAAUAGUGGUGAGAGUGCAGUUACGCACACCAAUGUGUCCAAAGGCAUGGACAGCAAGGCAGAGCGCGAGGAGGAAUCCCAUAGCACCAACAGCAAUCUGAGUCGGAGAAGCGAGUGUGAGGACUGUGAGGAGGCGGAUAAUGUCAGCCUGGUGCUCUCUGAUGAAUCUGCUCCGUGCUUAACCGAGGACCAUUACAUUACCACUCACGAGAUUCAGCUCUCGGAGUUCUCUGACCAUGAAGGGGACUACGACCUGGGCAUGGGCUCCUCCACUAGCUGGGACAUUGAAGAUGAGAGCCAGGUGUACCCAUUUGUAGGCUACUCCUUUGCAGGUGAGAGGGGGGCCUGUGGGGUGCCCUGCUCUGAGGGUGCCACGGUAGUAGCAGCAGCGGUCAGCACUCUGCUUGAAAGUGAUCUGAGCGACACGGCCAAGUUCUGUGUCUCAGAUGAGCCCGAACAGAAGCAGGGCGAAGGACAGAUCCACCUGUCAAUCAGAACCACAUCCCGAGCUAUAAAUGACCCCGGCAGCAUCCAAGAGGAGGAAAAUAUCCUUUAUCAUGCCAGGCGCUCCGGAGACAUGAGCCGCUAUGUGUUUAGGGGAGUGGAUGGGAAGGCAGAGACCUUUUGUGACAGGGCGAAGUGUUUCAUAGCCGCGCCUGGACGCCCGCACUUUGGCGGCAGAUUGAGGGGGAAAGAGGUCACCGAGUAUUCCAGCGGCACGUCCAGCGCUGUCAGCGAGCUGGACGACGCUGACAAGGAGGUGCGCAACCUCACAGCCAAAGCCUUCAAGAGCUUGGCCUACCCUUACUUUGAAGCCAUCAAUUUCAGCACCUCCAGUGAGUCCUCUGCAUCAGAGCAUGGCCGGAGGAAAAACAGGUGGUCCACGUUUCUGGAUCUGAAAUAUGGCAACGUGAACAUGUCUCAGGGGCUGGACCAAAGUGUGAUUUCCUGUCAAAAUCCUGCUGUCUCAUAUGAAAUAGGCAAAAACAGCGACAACAGAGGUUAUAAGGGCACCAUUCAGCCCACAAGUAAUAUCUUUUCUCUGAAAGCCAACCCCCGCAGCGCCUCGUCAUCAAAGCAGAUCCAGCUGAUGGGAAAGUUUGGGCAGGGCCACAGCGGAGUGAUCAGACUCACAGAGACACUGAAUUUUCGUUGCAAUGUCAAAUCGGGAAUGUCUGGGGAAGAAAGGCGCACCAACUUUGCACAAAACGCUGGGGGAUCACGUUCCACGGAUGAGGUUACCAAGAGCCUGCAAAGCAGCCAGCAGAGAGGGGCCAGCAAGCUGCCCUCUAAAACCAUGGAAGAUACUCAUAAGAAAACCAUAUUCGCUUCCAGUUUGUUAAAAAAUGUUCUUUCUAAGAAGAUGCAGUUUGAGCAGGAGCGCAGGAUGGAGAGGGGGGAGAUCAGCGAGCCGCACCAGGCGCCGUCUCCGGGCUUUGCGCUGCAGGAGAGCUACAAUAAGUGGAAGGGGAGCAGGGAGCUGGAGAGGCAGAGCUCCAAGUUCUCUGAGAGCGGCUCAGACUAUGCCAUAAUGUGCGUGGAUGAAUUAGGGGACUUUGUGGACAGCGGCUCAUGUGAUAGUAAGAGGCAAGACGCGUGUGCUCCUACAACAGAAACUAAUUUAAACUCGACCAAGGAAGCUGGGAUUGAUACUAAAAAAGGCGCCUUGCAUCGCAGCCAAAAUAGCGCGUUCAGAUGCUGGAAGGACGAGGAGCUAGAGUUUCAAAAGGAUCAUAAAAACCAUCAAACUCUGCUGGACAAGCUGCCUCCACUUGAUGACAAAGAGAGUGAGUGGGAUCCGUUCUCCGCAGGCUGCGAUAAACUGACUAAAAUGUCUCAUUUGUUUGUGCCAAAUAUCCAACUGCUGCCCAGUGACAGAGAGGUGCGACCGCAGCUGCAGAGAGGAGCUUAUUCCUGGAAUGGGAGCAACACUUUAUACAUCACAGACUCCAAGAGCUCAAAAUCAUCCAAAUCACCGGAAAUUAAAAUCAACCUGAGAAGCGUUAGAGACAAUAAAAUGGAAGAGUUUGGAGGCUCCAAGCUGCGCGCCUUGAAUAUUACCGCUAGCCCAUCGAGUCUGAUCAGAACAGAGGACUUCAAAUGCCAAGCCCUGGCUGCGGCUCUGAAGGGUGAGUCCUCAGAUAAAGCUCCGCACUUUAUGGUUCGAGACAUCCGAGAUAAUAAAGGGAAGUUACAAACUCCUAUUCACCAAGUCAGAGAUGUACGUAAGCUUGUUAAAAGUUCCUACCACUUUGUUUCCUUGGAUAAGAAUGAAAAUAAAUCAAACUCAUUUAGCUCUGAAAUUCCUUCAGAGCAAACAAAGCAGAUGCAAAACAAUAAUGCUAACUGUGUGUCCCCCAUGGUAAUAAAAUGUCAGUCUGUAAAUACUAACAAUGCAGAAAAACCUACCGGAAACCUUAAACAGGAGCAGUCUGACACACACAGAUCAUCUCCAGAGGGCGUUAAGAGUGCUCCACUCCAGAAGGCAUCAGGGAGAGCAGCAAAUAUCUCAAACAGCUCAGAAGGAAGCACUGGGAUGAGCAAUGGGGGCAAAACAGGUGCAACAAGGCAAGAAACAGCGUCAGAGAUGGCAGAAAAUAAAUUGGAGUCAAAAGUGGCAAAUCAGGUGGCUUUGGAGAAACUCCAGGCCGCGGUAAAAACCAUGGAGCAACUUUAUGUGUUUGAUAAAAAUGAGUGGAGGAGAAAGCGUGAGCCUGAUCAUCUGAUGGACAGCCAUGUGCUGUCACUGAUAGCCAAUGAAGAGCAGCAAGAGUCUGAGGAAAGAGGAGGGAGAGGGUUCAAUACAGACAAAGCAGUCAGAAGAGAUUCCUACCCAAAUAUAGACAAGACCCCCCCGGCAUUAUCGGUGCCCUCCAGCACUGACAGCUCCCUAAGGUGGCUAGAUAAAGACCUACUUAAAGUGAUUCAGUCAUCCAACAGGCAUGAUGAAAGGUUGGUCACUAAGACAGUCCAAACAGUUGGCACCUUAGGGAGCAAGAACAUGUCCAGCUUUAGUUCCAAACCCAAGGCCUACACAGCUGCUGAUGUUCCUCAAUCAAACACCGCCCCACACACACCUUUCAGUGGCAAAAGAUUUGCACCGAAGUCUCCUAAAUUGCCUGUGUCAUUCAAAACCAGUCAGACAGGAGUUAGUGGGAAGGAAGAUGCUGAACAGAGGGGAGUGGACCGAUUUGAGCAUCAAUUUUCAGGUGCAUCGGUUGACAAUGAGAACUACCUAACCAUCCCGGUCAAAUUUCAGCCCAACAACAGUAAAAUGGCAGCAUCUGCAGAUAAAACAUCAAUAAAGACUCUUCACCAUCAGUCACUGCCAACCCCUAAUGCAGUACAUGAAGAUUAUGCCUCUAGAGUCCAGGAUGGCCACAGUCAGAGGACAAAAUGCUCAAGUAUUGUAAUGAAGACCCAUUCACCAGAGAUCCCCUCUGCUACUAUUUAUCACUCCCUGCCAAUGGCUGUGUCUGCCAAUCAGCCACAAAUGUAUUGUUUUUCCCCAGCAAUCACUCCAGCCCCCACCCUGGACCCCUUUCAGGGGACACAGAGGAAAAUGCUGCUGGAUCCCACCACUGGGAACUACUACCUGGUGGACACGCUGGUGUCCCCAGCCACAAAGCGUCUUUUUGACCCAGAAACGGGCCAGUACAUGGAUGUAGCCAUGCCACAGCCUCCAAUGACACCAGUACCAAUGCCUAUCUCGCCGCUAGCGCUCAGUCCUGGAGCAUAUGGUCAUACCUACAUGAUCUAUCCAGGCUUUAUGCCAACCCCUUCAGUGAUACCUGCUCGAACGCUGGUACAGUCACAGAUGUCCAUGCCACCAGAGGUAGAGGGCAUGGAGAAGUCUUCCUCACAGCAGACUGAAGGAAUGUACAUGGAGAGUCCUUUCUAUAUGGCAACUGGGAAGCCUCCCCAGACAGCUUCAGGGGCCCAACAGCAUGGUGCCCCCAGUAGGCCACAGCAUGGAUGUUCCAGCAUGAACCAGCCAGUCAUCAACAUCACCUCCCAGCAAGGGCCAAGGAUCAUUGCCCCACCCUCGUUUGAUGGGACCACCAUGAGUUUUGUGUUAGAGCACAGAUGAGUCGCUAAGCUGGACAGGACUGGAGCUUUCGUGAUCAUUGACCACCUCUCGGUUUAUCCUCUUCAUUGUUUUACACUGAUGUUAAGUCUGCUGAUCAAUGUAGUUGUUCAGGUAUUCUAUCUAACUGCUGCUGAUUUAAAAAAAAAACUUUCUACAAGAUUGUAAUUCAUGCUUUUUUACACCACUGCUAAACCAAGAAUCAAUUCCUUUGAAGGGAUUAUUUACCCACUCCUGAAACUAAAUAGAGUUUGAUUUGGAAAAUUUUUAUUUUCCAAAUCAAAAUAAAGAUUGAUUUAUCUAGUUUCUUCUCAUUUUAAAAUGAAAAGGAACUACUUGUUUUGAAGACAUUUACACAUCUUUAUACAGUUAUGAAUCCAAGAACCUGUUCCCUGUUAGAUUUUGUUGAAUUUAUCAAAGGGUUUUUACAACCUUAAUUGUCAUGAUGACUUCUUCUGUGUUGGUGCUUUAUGAUGCACACAAAUCAGUGUUGAUUCAAAGCACUUUAUGUGCAUAAUUUACAUUAUUGCACAUUUUUUAAAAGUUAAGGUUGGAAAAAAAUGUAAUGUGACAUGUUGUCUUUUGUUUGUACUGGUUUCUUUGAGAAUGUGGAGCUGCUGGACAGUCCUUGUUAAUACAUGUCAGGCAUCAUUGUUAUUCCAGAUUAUUCUUUUAGAAUGAAUGGUAUGAGUAACUGACAGAGAUGAAUGCAUUUGUUAUGAGAGAGCAUAACACUGAAUUAUAUUUCACUCCCAUUUUUAGAAAUGUCAUCUUGCCAUUUGUUUUUUUGUGUCUUUUAGGGGAAGUGUCCUCUAUUUAUACUUUGUACAUAGUUUUUUUUUUUUCCAAAGUAAGCCUGAUAGUGGCACACUUUUUAAAGUCUUACACUAAGAUUCUGCCGUAAACUUUCUGAAGAUAGUAGGACUUUUAGGGUUAAGUGGAAGUAGGGUUUGCAAGACAAGAAAAUGAAUGGUUGAGACUUUGUGAGGGAUGUAUGGGUGAAGAGUGGAGGGACUUUGUAGAAGUAUGGCAAAAAGCUGGACUUGAUAUGUUAUGUUUUCACUUUGUUCAACUGAUUUUUUGUUUUGUUUUGUUUUUCUGCAUAAAAAAUGACUUCACAAAGUUAGGUCUUGACUUUGCAAAUGUGAAGAUGGUAUAUGUUGAAAUACAUAAUUAAAACAGUACUUUGGAACUGUAAAUGUUUAUUACAUAUUCACAAUGUUAAAUUGAGGUUGUUUCUACUCUUAUAUUGUACUUUAUUACAACACAAAAACAAACAUUUCUCAAGUUAUGUUUCUGCAGUCACUUGUUGACUGACGCAUGAAAUCAGUGGUGGUUCUUUCAGGAAUGGUUCCCUGGCCAGAGCCCCUUCUAAUGAUAUCCUCAACCAAUUCAAACUAAAGCAAAUACGGUAGAUGAUUUUCCAGGAGAAAGCUUGUAACCUAUAGGUUCCCAGUACUCAGUCAGAAGCAAGGAAAAUUACAUGCAUACAAGUAGUAGCAAACUUGUUCAGGGCACAACUGCCAGAUAAGAUGUGUCUUAUUUUGUACUUCUUAGAUGCCUGGCCCCCCUUUCUAAAGGGUUUGCAAACCACUAGAUGAAAACAUCCCUAAUUCAUAUUUUCCUUUUUUUGUUGCUACAUUAUAAAAGUUUCCUCAAAAAUUGCAUGACAAUAGAGGAAUCAGGGUUUAUAAGUUCAGUGGACUCCACAGUCACCAGAUCUCAAUGCAAAACAGAAUAUAGUGGAACAGGUGGAUCUCAUUAUGGAUUUUCAACUAAAAAAUCUGCAGUAACUGUAUGAUGCUGGUAUGUCAAUAAAGACCAAAUCUGCUUUGACACUGCAAUGCAGCCAGAUCCACCAUACUGUAUGGUGAAGGUGUUGGAACAGGAUAUAAAACAGUAAUGCUUGAAUACAUAUUUAUUAAGUCAAAUUUUAUUUCCACUGGAGCACUUCCUCUCCCAAAAACCUUUGAAGCAAAUAAUGUCCUGUAAAAUAAUUAGAACUUAGCACACACUACUUGAUAAGCUUGGUUAUGCUCAUACUGAAAGAACACAGCCACAACUAAAUAGCAAACUACAGGGUCUGAGUCUGUGGUUUAGAUGAGUGUAAAACUAACUCAGCUUUGUUUAUGUAGAGCAGUGAGCAUUAAAAGGUUCCUCUGUUGCCUGGGGAUCCACAGUAAGUGGGUCAGAGGAGGAUGGAGGUACUGGUUGAGUACAUGCAGGGUCAGGUUGCAGAUCUCCAACUGUAUCCUCAGAGUCAUCCUAUCUGAGUGUGUCGAUGACACAUACCAUCACACCCAGAGCCAUGCCACACACUCACAUAACCCUGACUAAUGUGCAAUGCAUCCCACAAUUAACACUCUAUCAGGCUUAAAGAGUUUUUAUAAAAACAAGCCUUUAAAUAGACUUGUUAUUAAUAUGAGUAUUUACUCCGUCCAACAAUUUCCUCUUGUGGGCUUUAGGUUUGUCAAGUUGUCUCUGAACAAACCGUUAGUCUUGUGAUUAUGUGAAAUGUUUCUUCAGUACAUACAACUUCACACUAGUUUUUAUUAUGAUUCAACGCAGGUCAAUAUCUGUGCAUGGCAUCAAAUUUGGAACAGAAAAGCUGAAAAUUUAAAAUGAUUCUAAGCAAAGAGGUCUUUAUUUCAAAUCCGAUGUAGUCCUCAAUUUGACUAUAUAAUGUAGCGUUUCUCAACCGGGGCGGUACUUGGGGGGCGUUCAGAAGACGGCUUGGGGCGCUGGCAGAAAUUUUUACAAAAGGGGGGCGCUGGGAUUCUUUUGGGGGGCGUUUGCUUAAAGGUAAACUUUACAUCUUAAAUGCACAACAAUACCAGUUUAGACUUUGAGCAACUUGCUAAAACUGUACUGUGUAACAUUCAAACAUGCUUGGCUACAAAUGUAUCAAUGGCAGCUCUUCUCUUCAGUGUUUGUUAGCUUUUGGCGCAGCUCCGCGCUCCUGCUACUGGUAGCUUCACCGCAUCAGUUCAGCGAUACACCGUCUGAUGACGUUGCUGUUAUUCACUUGUCUGGUGUCUGAUUUUCAAAUAUUUUAUGUUUUAUUGAGGAUUUUUGUACAUAUGUUUUGGCAGUGCUGUGAUCAUGUCAAAGCAGCAAAUUAUAUUAAAAAGUGUUUUAAUGUUCGUCUGGAUGCUGCACGUUUCCAUGGAAGGACAACAGAAAAUCUCGCUUAUAAACUUGUCACGAUAUCCUCCCUAUGUAUCUCUCAGAAAAAUGAACCCAUUUAAAUAAAGAAAUCCCUCCAUGAAUGAUA